UGGUCCGGCCCUGGGGACCCGGGAGGGAGGGAGGCGCCGUGGCCGCGCGCGCGGGCGGGGGCGGGGGCCCAGGUCUCCCAGGAGUAGUUGGGGAACACCCGGCGAUUCUGGCGGCUGCUUCCUGGUGGCGCAGGGAGCCCGCGUGUUUGCGAGUGAGUGUGCGUGCGAAGUUCUCCGGCUCGACUCCGCGCUCUCCUUGCCGGCCGCCGCCGCCCAGCCUGCGCCCGCCGUCCCCCCAGUGCCUGGGCACCUGUUGGAGGCAGAGCCAGGGGUGCUGCAUGAGGGGCCGCAGGGGCGAUCGCAUGACCAUCAACAUCCAGGAGCACAUGGCCAUCAACGUGUGCCCUGGGCCCAUCCGGCCCAUCCGCCAGAUCUCUGACUACUUCCCCCGCCUGGGACCAGGACCUGAAGGGGGCGGCGGGGGCGGUGGGGAGGCCCCCGCCCAUCUGGUCCCCCUGGCUCUGGCCCCCCCUGCAGCCCUCCUUGGGGCCACCACGCCUGAGGAUGGUGCGGAGGUGGACAGCUAUGACUCGGAUGAUGCCACCGCUCUGGGCACGCUGGAGUUUGACCUUCUCUAUGACCGGGCCUCCUGCACUCUGCACUGUAGCAUCCUCAGGGCCAAGGGCCUCAAGCCCAUGGAUUUCAAUGGCCUCGCCGACCCCUACGUCAAGCUGCACUUGCUGCCUGGAGCCUGUAAGGCCAAUAAGCUAAAAACGAAGACUCAGAGGAACACACUGAAUCCUGUGUGGAAUGAGGACCUGACGUACAGCGGGAUCACAGAUGACGACAUCACGCACAAGGUGCUCAGGAUCGCCGUCUGUGAUGAGGACAAGCUGAGUCACAAUGAGUUUAUUGGGGAGAUCCGCGUGCCCCUCCGCCGCCUCAAGCCUUCGCAGAAGAAGCAUUUUAACAUCUGCCUCGAGCGCCAGGUCCCGCUGGCGUCCCCCUCUUCCAUGUCAGCGGCACUGAGGGGCAUCUCCUGUUACCUGAAGGAGUUGGAGCAGGUAGAGCAGGGGCAGGGGCUGCUGGAGGAGCGUGGCCGCAUCCUGCUGAGUCUCAGCUACAACUCGCGGCGCCGGGGACUGCUAGUAGGCAUCUUGCGCUGUGCCCAUCUGGCUGCCAUGGACGUCAAUGGUUACUCGGACCCCUACGUCAAGACGUACCUGAGGCCCGAUGUGGACAAGAAAUCCAAGCAUAAGACGUGCGUGAAGAAGAAGACUCUCAACCCAGAAUUUAACGAGGAGUUUUUCUACGAGAUAGAGCUCUGCACUCUGGCCACCAAGACCCUGGAAGUCACCGUCUGGGACUAUGACAUUGGCAAAUCCAAUGACUUCAUUGGUGGUGUGUCCCUGGGGCCAGGUGCCCGAGGUGAGGCUCGGAAGCACUGGAGUGACUGCCUGCAGCAGCCGGACGCAGCCCUGGAGCGCUGGCACACCCUGACCAGCGAGCUGCCCCCCGCGGCCGGGGCUCUGUCCUCAGCCUGAGUGGACAGCAGUGUCCUGGCACAGGCCCAUCGAGCCGGGUCCAGUACCCAACCUUCGCACGAGUGUGUUGCACGUUUACACGGGGUGGGCUGCCCCCACCCUGCACUACAUGUCUUAUUUUUGUGAGUCUCCGUGACCCGGGUCUGUCUGCUCAUGAGGGGCUGUGGAGUUCUAUAUUCACAUAUGCAAACCUCCUGCCUGACUCGCUAGUCCCUGCAAAUAUGCAAACCCCCUAUCAUCUGCACACCCGGGCAGUGCUCAGAGCCCGGCCCCAGACCCCCGCGCUCCUCACUCCUGCCUCUCCACGCUGCCCCGUCCCUCUCCCCCCACAGGGAGGAGGUCGGAUUAGGGGAGGUUCAGAGGAGAAGAAUGUCUCAAAAAAAAGGGACAAAAAACAAACCCAGAGCCACUCCUUUAAUACAGAAACUUCACUGAAAAAACCUAGCCCUGUACAGCUGCCCUUUUAAAGAGGUGGCCAUCGCAGGGUCUCUGCCUCCCCAGCAGGUGGCAGAUGCUCCCGGCCACUCGUUUAAAUAACUGUCCCCUGGAGCAGGCCGGGGUUUGAAGGCAGGGCCCCUGCCACCCUCCUGGGGGACACCCGUGCAUGUUUACGCCUUUUCUGGUUGUGUCAGUGGCCGGAGCAUGGCAGCUGGGCGUCAAUAAACACCUCCGAGGAA